AUGUCCGCUCGAGUUGUCUGCUAUGAUAUGCAUCUUGAUCUGGGAUCAAUUUCCUCUCGGGUUAUCGAUGAGAUGUUUCUGGGCAGAAAUUACAAAGUUAUAGUAACUGGACCGAACGAGCUACUUCUUGUUCAAGGUCCCUGCGUUAUCUGUACCCAUGGAACUAUUAUCACGAGGCGUCUCAAUUUUGAAACUGAUGUGGUUGAUUGCUUUUAUACUACUUUUAACUCAGUACAAAAAGGAAAUAUGAUGCAAUCGAAGACAGCUGAUUUCAACGAGCAUUUGGAAAAGGCGCUUGUUGUUGUGUUCAAGGAUCAGAUAAGAGUGUAUAGUAAAAAGGGGAGCUCAAAAGUGGUUAGUCUACCAUUCCAUAUCAAGCGGGCGUUUGCGUACCAGAAUGGUAUCGUUAUAAACAAGGUGCCUGAGCCGGCAGGCACUGCUCAAUUAUCAACUCCAACAUCUUCAUCAACUUUCUUUUCUCCAGAGAUCAAUUUUCUUACAAUGCUUGAUCCAUUGGAUGAUCCGGGAAUGAUUGCAUCUUCUUCAAUUACUUCAUUCUCAUCCAAAGAAGAACUCAUUAGCUUUCCUGCAAAAUCAUCGUAUUGCCUUGCCACUCUGUUUAAUUCUCUUGAACACACAGUCAACGUAUACCAUGUGAGGUAUUUGUCUACUUCUCGUGGAUCCAGGAAAAAACCGGCUUCUUAUCCGGGAAUUAGAAAGUCCAGUACGAGAACCAUAUCUUCUGCAAGUGUAGGUGGCGGAAAUGCCGGGAAAGCAUUGACUCCUAGCACCAAUAGGACUGCCGACGAUGAAUCAAAGCAAUUUAGAUCUGCCUCCACUAUGUCCUAUGACAGAAUGGCUUCUGGAAGUGAAUUUGUAUUUGAUGCCAAUACAAGCCAACAUGGUGUGAGCCCACUUGAUAUUCAGCGCCUACACAAGGAUAUCAUUUUUACAAGACUGAAUGCAUUCUCCUUCAAAGCAGAUAAGUUUCACCUGAAGAUAUUCAACGUUUCAUAUCAGAACGAGGAAAUCCUUGUCGUAUGUAACACAGUAGCUAAAUCGGUGGAAUUUCUUACGUAUUCCAAUCCAGGAAAUGUGGUUAGCUUGCCUACUUACAAAUCAACAUACUCGAUGGAUGGCUGGGAUGCCGUCUUAUUUGGUGAAACUUCCGGACACGCAGGUUAUGUGGUACUACUAAGAAACCCUUCUGAAAUUGUUCUUUUCAAUCCCUUCAUGAAGAGUAUGUCACCAACAAUAAAUUUGUCUUCUCGUUUUCCCCCUAUAUGCUCUUUAGACGGCUGCUAUGAUUCCACAAUACUGAUUUAUUGUGAAGAUGGGAAGCACUAUAAAGUUGAUCUCAAUGUGAAACCAUUGCAUAAAUUGGUAUGUACACUUCUGGAAGCUAUUAAGUACAUCGCCAAUUCUUCCAUCUAUGAGAGCUUCUGGCUACAGUGGUGUGGCAAUAAAUUUCUUGAUAUCCCUUGUUCGGAUGAUUGGAAGGUAUUUGUAGUGACAUUACUUUCCUCAACGUCACUCCCAGAAAUGAUUGAAAAAUCAGAUUCUACUAUCAAUAGAAACGAGAUUACUAAGCUUCUCCCUUAUUCACUUAUAGCUCGCACAGGAAACUCAAUAACGGCUUUUGAUUCUUUAAAGGGAAUGCCUGGAAAUUACCUUUUAGACAGUUUACUUCCUGUGAUAGUUCUUUCCAUCCAUCUGAUUAGAGAGGAUUUAAGACUAAACACUUUGACUGUAGAUUCGAACAGUAAAUUGGCCGUUUUCCUUGCCCAGCUUGCUAGUUGGAUGGGUUGGUCUGAAAAAUGGUGCAGAAAUUACAUGGUUGAUCCGAGAUUUAUCGAUCGACAGACAAGAAUACAAAUGGCUCAACCAAUAGCUGUACCACCCAAUUUGUUUCAAUCUCUCAGCAGUCUAUUCACCAGCACAAUUGUUCCAUACGUGACCUUUUCCCAGUUGGUUGAAGAGGAUGAGAGCAUCGAUGAACUUAUUAUUCCGAGGACCUUCUAUAUCCUACGUCUUUUUGAAGUUCUUAUCUCUCCACAGUUUAGAACCGAAGAUUUGAUAAGAAUGAUGACUGAUUACGAUAUUACGCGGAUGACUCUUGAGACAUAUCCAGCCGGCAUCUAUGCGAUCUUGAAGAACAAAAUUGCAGUUUACCAAAAGGGUAUUAAAUACCAGUGGAAUCUCGACUCCGAUGAACUACGUUUGAUUGAUAGAAAGGAUCUAUUUCAAUUCGAAGACCCAGAUUUUUCGAAAAACCUUCUCUCUGCGCAGAUAUCCGCUAGAAACUCGAAAAAUAGUGGUGCCAAAGAGAUGCCACAGAUCUUGAAAUACGUCAACGACAACGAAGUUCUUUCAGCUUGGGAUGGACAGGCCGAGGCAGACAAAUUCCAUGUCACUCGGUUGAUUUUUUCUGAGGAUCGUCGGUUUUAUGAGGUGACGCGGCUCCUUCAGACAUCAAGAGUGCAAACAGCUGUUUUGAAAUUUGCAUCCUCAGUGGCCGAGAACGACAGAUUGACAAAGCAACGUGCACUUGGUGCUAAAAUUGCACUAAGAACAUUGAGCAUGCCAAUUGGAAGAGGCGCUGUUUUCUUUUCAAGUAGGAAGCCUCUAAUGACGGAGAAAUUUCCAAUUCCUAAGAUGAACUUUAAUGCCCUUAUUCUUCCAGAUAUGAUUAGCGUCAGUUUGGAAAAGGAUUCCGUCGAUUCCUAUUUAUACGACUGGGGCUACUUUCACAAUGGUGUUAGCGCGGGCUUAAUGUGCUCUAGAGAUUUUAAGGAUAUUAGUGGUAGCUGGAUUGUGUUUAACAGACCCCAGACCCUAAAUGCACAACAUGCCGGAUUUCUUUUGGGAUUGGGCUUGAAUGGCCACUUGAAAAAGUUGGAAGAAUGGCAUAUUUAUAAUUAUCUUGGACCAAAGCACAGCUAUACAAGCAUCGGACUCCUACUAGGAAUGGCCGCCAGUUUGAGGGGCACCAUGGAUAUUAAGAUGACUAAAGUGCUCUCUGUGCAUGUGGUCGCGCUCUUGCCACCUGGAUCUACAGAUUUGAACGUUCAGCUACCCGUCCAGACUGCCGGUAUUAUAGGCAUAGGCUUGCUUUACUUGGGUUCCCAACAUCGAAGAAUGACUGAGAUGCUCCUUUCUCAGAUAUCGUCUGUCUUGAACAUUACCGAUAAAAAACGUGUGAAUGAAGGGUACAGAUUGGCUUCGGGAGUAUCCCUUGGCUAUAUAAACUUGGGUGCAGGUGAGUACUUGAAGGAUAAUACUGAUACGCACGUUAUUGAUCAGCUAUUUUCGUUGGCUACUCUAAUUAGAGAUAUUGAAACGGUAGAGGAGUUGGAUAAAUCAUGCGGUGGUGCUAUUAUGGCUCUAAUGUUCAUGUUUCUGAGAACAAAUAAUUUAGAGGCCGCUGAAAAGUUACGUAUUCCUUCAACAAGGCAGUUACUUGAUUAUGUUAGACCGGACUUCUUAAUGUUGAGAUGUCUUGCUUACAAUAUGAUAAUGUGGGAUCUUGUUGAUGUCACUCCGAGCUGGGUUGAGAGACAAAUCCCAUUUUGUGUUGGUGACAGCUAUAGUCUGCAGACUAUCAGUCAAUUGGAUAGUGAUUUUCUUCCUUAUCUGAAUAUUCUUGGGGGUCUAUUAUUGUCGAUAUCUGUUAGAUUUGCCUCUUCCGGUAAUUUGAUUGCAAAGGACACUCUAUUAAGGUAUUUUGAUCAAUUGAUGGUGAUCUGUUCUAAGGAUCCUAGCAACUAUGACGAAAGAAAUGCUUUGGUUGGUGCAAGAAAUAUCAGAGAUGUGAUUAUUCUUGGUCUUUCCAUUAUCAUGUCCGGAACAGGCGAUCUUGAGAUUAUGAGAAGAUUGCGAUAUAUGCAAGGAAUCACGGAUAGAUAUACUAACUAUGGAAACUACAUGGCUGUGAACACAGCCCUUGGCUUUCUCUUCUUAGGAGGAGGCCAACAUGCUUUCAAGACCGAUGACAACUUUUCUAUCGCAGCCCUUUGCACCUCAAUCUAUCCAGUUUACGCGACAAACAAUUAUGAGUGUAUGUCUGAAUGCGAUGAAGUACUCCUACAAGCGCUCCGUCACUUUUGGGCAUUAGCCGUGGAGAACAGAUGCCUUGUGGUGAGAGAUAUUGCCGACAAACAACCAAUCAAGGUGGAUGUUGAAGUUGAGCGCAAUGAUACCUCAAAGCUUUAUCUAGACUCUCCUUGUUUGUUACCAGAAUUAAGCUCGAUACAUAAAAUCACGGCAUGCAAUGCUGUCGGUGAUGGUAUCAAUAAUAGCGGAAUGUACGAGCACAAAAAGUUCUUCACAGCACAGUUUGAUUUUCAGAAGGCAGAUAAGAAGCAAUGCGAGAACUUUCUGAAAGAUUUGACUUUGUUUGCUUACGAAAGACCUCAGUACCAAAACUUGAGACUUGAUUUUGAUUCAAUGAUAACGCUCGAGGAGUCUAAAGAAACCGACAUGGAAAAGCAAGAAACUCCGGCUUCAGCUGAAUCUUUAGACUGUUUCAAAACCUUGUCGAUAUUUCAUGGACUAAAUGAUUACGAGAAGAACCUUUACUUCCAGAAUAUUGAAGAUGAGAAGACGUUGACAGAAUCUUCUGUCAUCGAUUUGAAACUUGAGGUUGAGAAAAUGCUUGAUUCGGACUCUGUGGAUAAAUUCUGGAACUUAAAGUUACUAUUCAAUUACGUGGAUGUAGUGCCGUCCAAAGGGAGAAAGGAACGAAUACAGGCAAGAAGUAGGAGAUUGAGUAGUGCCAAAUUGGCCGAGAAGAGAUUUGUACAGACAGUAAAUAACAAGAGGAAGACAAUACUGGAUGUUAACAUGGAUGAUGACGUCGAACAUGGGAGCGACGAGGUGGAUGAUGCAGACGAGGAGUUGGGUUAUGAUGAUACUUUUGAAGGGCAUAUAUACUCCAAAAGAACUUUGCAUGCGGCGAGGAAUAAUAAGGGUCAGGAUAGCAGUUUGAAUGAUGAUAUGAGUUAUCUGAAUGUGAAAUUCAUUGAAAGACUCCGCAAUGAACUUUUCCGCAAGAUCAAAAUGGGGGAGUACUAA